UAAUUAUGGCCACCUGACCUGGGAAUGGGCAAAUGGCUUGAGGGGCUAUUCGUACCCACUCAUCUUCGCAAGCAUCUACAAAGCUUUACAGCUGCUGGCUAAGGAUGAUGUUCAGCUGCUGAUAUGGGUCCCUAGACUUGCACAGGCAGUGCUGGCAGCUUUUGCUGAUGUGAAGCUUUAUUCUUUAGUGCGACACCUUGAAAAUGCAGAAACAGCAAAGUGUGUGUACUUCUGCCAGCUGUGUUCCUGGUUUACAUGGUAUUCCUGUACCAGAACUCUAACAAACACCAUGGAAACUCUUCUUACCAUUUUUGCUCUUUCCUACUAUCCGAUAAAAGGUUCCAAGAUGGGGAGCAGUUGCAAAUAUUUAGCUUUGGUAGCACUUGCAAUUGUUAUUCGUCCCACCGCUAUUAUCCCAUGGAUACCUUUGGUCUUCAGUCAUUUUCUGCAAGAACAGAAGAAAGCUGACCUUAUCCUCCACAACUGCAUUCCAGUUGGAUUGGUCACAGUAGGAACCUCUUUAAUAAUUGACCGUGUGUUUUUUGGUGAGUGGGUACUGGUUCAGCUAAACUUCUUGAAGUUCAACGUGCUGCAGAAUUUGGGAACAUUUUACGGAUCUCAUCCUUGGCAUUGGUACUUCACUCAGGGACUACCAGUCGUCUUGGGUACUCAUCUGCCUUUCUUUAUUCAUGGCUGCGUGCUGGCACCGAAAAGGUAUCGCACCUUUCUAGGGGCAGUGAUUUGGACAGUGUUGGUAUACAGCACACUGAGCCAUAAAGAAUUCAGGUUCAUCUAUCCCAUACUACCAUUUUGCAUGGUUUUUUGUGGAUAUUCUUUGAAACACAUGAAAGCAUGGAAGAAAUCUGCAGCAAGUUUCCUGCUUUUAUCAAACUUACUUCCAGCCCUGUAUACAGGUUUGAUUCACCAGCGAGGCUCUCUUGAUGUUAUGAGUCACAUACAGCAACUCUGUCAGAACUCCUCCCAGUCACAAGCUUUUGUCUUCAUGAUGAUGCCAUGCCACUCUACUCCAUUUUACAGUCAUGUUCACUGUCCUCUAAAAAUGAGAUUCCUUCAGUGUCCCCCAGACCUAACCGGAAAUGAGAGCUAUAUUGAUGAAGCAGAUGUAUUUUACUCUAACCCACUUGGCUGGCUUAAUAAGGAGUUUUACAACGAUACGUUAUUACCCAGUCACUUGAUCUUCUUCAGUGUGUUAGAACAGGAAAUAUCAUCAUUUCUAGCUUUAAGGGGCUAUGAGAAAACAGCCACUGUCUUUCAUACUCAUGUACCUCAAGGACGAGUUGGAAGCCACAUCUAUGUCUACAGGAAAAAAACCUGAAAUGAAUCAUAUGCGAAGAUCAGUUUCUAGACUUAAGACCUAAUGAGAUCAGUUUUGCAUAGCAGUACUAUGCUUAGAAGAUCUUGUACUGCAGAAGGGAGAGAGUAGUGAGUCUGAAACCGGGUAAGUCAAAUGGGGAAGUCUGAUU